UUGUUGUUAUUAGUUGUUGCUGUUGUAGUAGUAAUAAUAUUUAUUUAAUAAUAAUAAUAAUAUUAUUAUUAUUAUUCGUUGUGUAUUGUUCGCCUUUUGGAUUUGAGCGUUUUUAAACAUGCACUUCCGGUGUCGUUGUGGUAAACGCACUAGUGUUCCGUCCUCGGCUCCAAGAGGACCUUUUUCAUGAUGAAAUCUAAUUUUGGAUAACAGCACUAUGGAAGCGUUUAUCAUUUCCUACGGCAUUUUUUUCUUGUUUUGUCAAGACGAGAAGCACCUAAACAUUUUAGAACGGCGUUUGGAUGCGUUAUAAUCUUCCUGAUAUAUAGAUAUAUAUUUUAUAAUCUAUCUGCCAUAACAAUAAUGGAAGGAGUGCUGUACAAGUGGACUAAUUACAUGACAGGAUGGCAGCCACGCUGGUUUGUGUUGAACAAUGGAAUCAUUUCAUAUUACGACUCACAAGAUAAUGUGUGCAAAGGCAGCAAGGGCAGCAUCAAGAUGUCCGUGUGUGAAAUUAAAGUUCACCCCACUGAUAAUACCAGACUGGAGCUGAUCAUACCCGGGGAGCAGCAUUUCUACGUGAAGGCCGUGAACGCAGCUGAGAGACAGAAAUGGCUGGUCGCGCUAGGAAGCUCGAAGGCUGGGCUUGCAGACACAAGAACCAAAAAAGAGAGAGAAUUAACAGAGACCACCGAGUCUUUGAAAACCAAGAUGUCCGAACUGCGUCUGUACUGCGACUUACUAAUGCAGCAAGUUCACACCAUUCAGGAGUCGGUGGAGCAGGAGGGAGACCAUGCAGAGACGAGGAAUGAGGCGUCGUCUUUGUUGAGUGCCACGUGUAAUACCUUCAUUCAGACACUGGAGGAAUGUAUGAAGAUUGCUAAUUUGAAGUUCCAGACAGACAUGCUGCAGUCGAGUCCUUCAGACCCGCUAAUGUCACCUGUCUCCCCGUCUCCCGUCCAAAUGGCCAGAAUGAAGCGCUCCAUCAGCCAUCCAGGCACGUAUAGCUAUGACAGGCCAAGUGCGCUUAUAGAACACAGAUCAUCACAGAGACGCACACGGACAUGCUCGGAUACAGAGGCUCUCAGUGACGGUGGUGCAGAGGAGAUGGAGCGUCCUGUGCUGUUGCCCAAAGCCAGUGUAAACGGUGACACCGCACCGGUAAUCCCCGAAGAGAUCGGCACGGGGACGUGUUUAAUAAUGGAGACGGACACUCCGGAGUCAGACUUGUCACUUUGAGCACAGAUUUUUCGGGGUACUCGAGCAGGAGGAAACACGCUGAUGUGCAGCUACUGUUUGCAGCGCCGCAUUACUGAUGUUUAGGAAGUAUUAUUUCCCUCGGUGAAGAAUCCUGUUGCACUUUAAUAAGAAAAUGGCCGAAAACAAAGUUUGAACGUUUGUAUUUUAUUCAUUUUUUUUUUUCCCUAGCAUUUUAAUUUGCUUUGUUUUGCAGGUAAAUGUUGUUCGGUUUGUGAUACACGAGCCCCUCGGUGAAGAGUAUCGAAAUCCACUGUGGAUUUCACAAGUGACAUGUAGCCUUUCGUGAAGAGAACCUUGAUGAGUAAGGUUCUAGUUACAGUGCCAAGUGAGUGGCAAUACUGUGAGUGUACUGACAGUAAAGGGUAAUUCUACCCUCUUGUUUUUUCUUUUAAAUUAUUUUCAAAAUGUCUGUAUAAUUAGCUGAGUGAGAGGUUAACACUGAUGUACUAAAAACCUCUAAACUGUUCCACAUACGAGUUACGCUAAGAGUUUAAUCUUUGGUCAUAGGUGCAGACCCAAACCAUGCUUAUGUAGCGUAUAGAUAUCUAAAUUACAUUCUGCAGAAAGUAUGGAGAAAAAAAAUAAAGAAAGAAAUCAUUCGUAACAUUUGCCACAAUGAAUCUGAACAUAUAGAAUGACACGUGUAUUUUUACA